GCCUCCCUGGCAUCUUUGCCAGUCUUGGGUCACUCCUGUACCGGAAAGCAGUUCGAAAGACUUGCUGCGGACCCCCGGACCCUAAAGGCCCUCCGGAAGCACCUGGACACAGGUUCUGUGUGAAGUUUUCUGAGAGUUCUGGGAGAAGCAGAAGGCUGAGCACAGUCCCUCCUGAUGGAAACUGUGCUAACUUUUGAGGAGGACAAUGACAUGUCCUAUGGGGACAAUGACUCACCUCUAGCCUCUCCAUUCAGCCUGAGUUCAGUGGGACAUAUAGGCAGCUAUGACCUGGAGCAGAACAGGCAGGAGGAAGAGGAGGAGGAGAAGGAGCAGAUUGCUGAGACCCGCAUUGUCACGAGAAACGCAGAUGCUGUGUGGAACAGAAACACCAAUGCCACCACCAGAGGUGACUCUCAGGCAUAUGUGGAGCUGAACGAGCUGCUGGGAAACAAAUGGCAGGAGACCGGCCGCUGGGUGGGGUACGAGGAGUCCUACAACCCUAUCACUGGAGCAUGGGGGCCCUCCCACGUCUCCUACCUCACAUUCAAAAGCCUUAUCCAGCUCCGCAAGGUCAUGACCACAGGGGCGGUUCUGCUGGAUGUGGAGGAGAGUGGUCUGUCAGGCAUCGCUGAGAGAAUAGUAAAUGAACUUCUGGACAGGAAAGAGAUUCGGCCAUCCGACCGUGACACCCUGCUGAAGACGCUGCUGCAGAAGCGCAGUCAGACUGAAGGAGCUUCAACAACCACAACAGGCAUUGACAUGAUUGAGAUGCUGCACACCUACUCUGUCACUAAACAGAGAGAUGCAGCAGACAGUGUAGAAGCAUCCAUCGUGCUGUCCGGUGUGCUGGACUCUCUGCAGAAGCCAGUAGUGGCGUUUAUGAGACUGAGGGAUGCUAUAGUGAUGGACGGGAUUCUGGAGUCUAAUGUGCCCGUGCGCUUCAUCUUCGCCCUGGUGGGCCCGACUCAGAGCGGCAUGAACUUCCACGAGAGCGGACGAGCCAUGGCUACACUGUUGGCUGACUGGGUCUUCAGUUUGGAAGCCUUCCUUGCCCAGAAUGAAAAAGAGCUGACCAAUGCAAUUGCCGACUUCAUGGACUGCAGCAUCGUGAUCCCACCCACUGAGAUCCAGAGCGUGGCCAUGCUGCAGCCAAUCAUCGGCUUCCAGAAGAGGAUGCUGCGUGAGAGGCUCCGCCCAGCUGACACUCGCAUCACCUUGGGGCAGAAGAUUAAAGGGCCUGAGAAACCACAAGAAGAUCCAUUAGCCCGAACCGGAUAUCCAUUUGGAGGAAUGGUCAAGGAUAUAAAGCGCCGUUACAGGCAUUACAUCAGCGACUUCACAGAUGCUCUCAAUCCUCAGGUUUUGUCUGCUGUCAUUUUCAUCUACUUUGCCGCUCUCUCUCCCGCCAUCACCUUUGGAGGACUGCUUGCUGAUAAGACUGAACACAUGAUGGGCGUGUCCGAGCUGAUGAUUGCCACCUGCAUUCAGGGAAUUAUCUUUUGCCUUUUUGCCGCCCAGCCAGUACUGAUCAUCGGCUUUACUGGACCGUUAAUGGUGUUUGAAGAAGCCUUUUUUGAGUUCUGUAAGUCCCAGGGUGUCGAGUACAUAGUGGGACGAAUCUGGGUUGGCAUGUGGCUGAUUAUCAUUGCAGUGGUUGUGGUGGCAGCGGAGGCAAGCUUCCUGGUGCGCUUCAUCUCUCGUUUCACCCAGGAGAUCUUCUCCAUCCUCAUCUCUCUGAUUUUCAUCUACGAGACCUUCGCCAAGCUGAUCAAGAUUUUCAAAACUCAUCCUCUGGUUCUGAACUACGAGCAUUUAAACGAGACCCUGGACGAUCCCUUCCACCCUGUGUUGGAGUUAACGAACGUCACGGAUGAGCACGGCAACGUUACUCACUACCACCGCAUACGUGAGAGACCCUACCCCAACACUGCCCUGCUCUCCAUGUGCCUUAUGUUUGGCUGCUUCUUCAUUGCCUUCUUCCUCCGUCAGUUCAAGAACGGCAUCUACCUCCCUGGCCCUAUUCGUCGUAUGAUUGGAGAUUUCGGUGUGCCUAUCGCCAUUUUCUUCAUGAUUGCUGUUGAUGUCAGUAUUGAGGAUGCCUACACACAGAAACUGGUAGUGCCACAGGGGCUGACUGUGUCCAACACUUCUGCCAGAGGCUGGAUUAUUAACCCCAUGGGAGAGAAGAAACAAUUCCCUAUAUGGCUGAUGUUCGCCUGUGUAGUCCCGGGAUUACUGGUCUUUAUUCUCAUCUUCCUCGAGUCUCAGAUCACCACGCUGAUUGUGAGUAAGCCAGAGAGGAAGAUGGUGAAGGGCUCUGGCUUCCAUUUUGAUCUGCUCCUCCUUGUGGCUAUGGGUGGAGCUGCCUCCAUUUUUGGCGUCCCCUGGCUUAGCGCUGCAACAGUGCGAUCCGUCACCCACGUCAAUGCGCUAACCGUCAUGACCAAAGGCCCCAAACCGGAGAUCGAAAAAGUGCUGGAACAGAGGAUUAGUGGAAUUCUUGUGGCCGUUUUAGUCGGCGUAUCCAUUCUCAUGGAGCCUAUCCUGAAGAAGAUUCCCAUGACUGCUCUCUUCGGCAUCUUCCUUUACAUGGGUAUCACAUCUCUGAGUGGCAUUCAGAUGUGGGAUCGCAUGCUGCUCUUGAUGGUGCCCAAGAAGUACCACCCAUCUGAUCCUUACGCCACUCGAGUUCAAACCUCGCGUAUGCACCUCUUCACUGUGAUCCAGAUGGUGUGUCUAGGCAUCCUUUGGGUGGUGAAGUCCAGCAAGGCCUCUCUGGCUCUGCCCUUCGUCAUUAUCCUCACCAUCCCACUGCGGAUGCUCCUUACUGGACGACUCUUCACUGUCAUGGAGAUGCAAUGCCUGGACGCCGAUGAUGCCAAAGUGGUGCUGGAUGAAGAGCCAGGCAUGGACGUGUACGAUGAAUCCCCUUUUCCAUAAUUGACCACCCCACAAUUCUUCUCAGUGCCUUUCUGAAACUAUCAAGUGAAUUACAGCUUUAAUCCAACAUCAAACAGGAACUUUCAGCUGAUUUUAAAACUGUUCAUUCGAAUUUUACUUUAGCCGUUUUGCUGAUCUGCAAACACACUUUCAUUCCUUGCCUUCUCUCCUACCCUGCCCUGACAUGAAUAUACAUCCCAUACCAUGCUUCUCCACGCUUCCCCUCACCCCAAAAACACUGUUUAGCUUUCAUCAUUUUUUUUGUUUGUUUUAUUGUUCUUUUUUCUGUUGUUUUGCCUCUAUGCAGUAGCUUAGCCCAGUGCAGCCAAUGUGUGUGAUUGAAUCUAGUAUUAAUUUGCCAAAAUAUCACAUUGUUCCUCCAUUAUGUCUGUCUGAAUCAAGUUGUUUAACCACAAUGUUUCAGGGAAAGAUCACAUCUGUAAAUACUUUAGGCCAGAAGUUGAAUGAAUGUAUCAGCAUUUAGAUAGAUCAUAGAUAUAUUAAAUACUUUGAGUGGGUUUGAAAUGUGAUUUAUGUACAUUUGCUUUUAUUGUUUUACUAACCUGACUUUCAAAGUCAUUUAACUAUUAAAAUGUUAUAACCCAAUAA